AUGGGUCGGACAAUGAAACAGCCUUCUGGGGAUGUUUUGAUGCCUCCGUCCAAAAAGUAUCCCUUCUGGUUUGGAGGCAGCGCCAGUGCAAUGGCUACCUUGCUCACCCACCCGCUUGACCUAGUCAAAGUCCGUCUCCAGUCAACACUCACGCCAACUCGGCUUUCCAUGGCAGGGAUGACCACUCGUGUCAUCACCAGUGAGGGUUAUGCUGGGCUCUAUGCUGGCUUGAGUGCAGCUCUUCUCAGACAGUUCACCUACUCAACUAUCCGCUUCGGAGUCUAUGAGGAUCUCAAGUCACGCCUAAGUCAUGACUCUGGGAUAGCAUCUCACUCUCCCAUGAUGCUGAUCUGUUUAUCGGCUUUGUCAGGUUUUAUGGGCGGUGUGGCUGGGAACCCAGCAGACAUUGUCAAUGUGCGGAUGCAGUCUGACAUGUCAAGACCAUUGACAGAGCGAAGGAACUACAAACAUGUUUUUGACGGUGUAUUUCGCAUUAUCAGGACUGAGGGAGUAAGUUCUCUGUAUCGUGGAGUAGGCGCCAAUGCCCUUCGCGCAUCUCUCAUGAACUCCUCGCAGCUGGCCUCUUACGAUAUGGCUAAGGCAUCAUGCAUAAAGACAUUUGGGAUGGAUGAUGAUACUAAAACUCAUCUCGUGGCUUCCUUUAUGGCGGGUAUUGUAGCGACAACUGUUUGCUCGCCGGCAGACGUGGUCAAGACUCGCAUUAUGGGCUCAACAAACAGGGAACAUAUAUGGCAGAUCUUGAAACGGUCAACAAUGUCUGAAGGAUCAUUAUGGGUUUUUAAAGGAUGGGUCCCUAGCUUUCUCCGUCUUGGCCCUCAAACUGUCCUCACUUUGCUGAUUCUUGAGCAACACAAGAAGGUGUAUGCCAAGAUGACCAUUUGA